UUCCACGAACCAAACAUCUACCUAGGAUAUUUGUGAGUGAAAGUAAACUUCAAAGUCUAUUUAGACAAGCCAGAGAGUGCUUUUACUCUGUUUCACCGGCGACGAUCAGGGCAAUUCGAAUUCUCUCUACAAGAGCUAUCAGUCAGAUCGGAAGGUGGACGUGAAGUUGUUUUGUUUUUGCUCAAGUCUAAGCCAUGAUUCAUUUCGUUCUCUUAAUAAGCCGACAAGGAAAAGUUAGGUUAACCAAGUGGUAUUCGCCUUAUUCUCAGAAAGAAAGAAGUAAGGUAAUACGAGAACUCAGCGGGACGAUUCUUUCACGUGGCCCGAAGCUUUGCAAUUUUGUCGAAUGGAGGGGAUUUAAAGUUGUUUAUAAAAGAUACGCGAGCCUCUACUUCUGUAUGUGCAUUAACCAAGAAGACAAUGAAUUGGAAGUCCUUGAAAUCAUUCAUCACUAUGUUGAGAUUCUAGAUCGUUACUUUGGCAGCGUUUGUGAGCUGGACCUGAUCUUCAAUUUUCACAAGGCUUAUUAUAUACUGGAUGAGGUACUGAUAGCGGGGGAACUUCAGGAAUCAAGCAAGAAGACUGUGGCCCGUCUAGUAGCCACACAGGACUCUUUGGUGGAGGCAGCCAAAGAAGAAGCAAAUUCUAUAAGCAAUAUCAUUGCGCAGGCAACCAAAUAAUCUUGUGCUUACCCUGCGCCAAUCCAAACAUAUACAUGUAUUUUGUGCUAUCUUUUUCCUAGUGUUGGUUUUUUGUUGAUGACGGUUCAAUUAAAAAUCACACUUUGUGAUUUCAUCCAAUUACAGUUUCAACCCUGUUUCAGAAGAACCAAGCGGAUAUUUAAUUCAUGUAUAAUUCUCGUACAUUGCUAUUA